CUUUUAUUAGCAGUCUGUUUUUCUAAAUCACCUUUAAUUUCUUACUUGUUAACUUAUACGAAAACGUACCGUAACGUGACGAGGGAACAAGGAACGUGGACAUUGCGCUUCAAUGCAUUCGAGUUUUUCGUUUGUAAAAAGAGGAGGAGCCGAAGAAAAGACCUCUCCUCGUCUAUAAUCGACCGAUCACUCGCGCGAUUUUGUGAAGAUGGCGAACGCUCGUGUUACGGUUCGCCACUUUGUCACCGGACGCACAUUGAUAUAAUUGUUUACCGAUACUCUCGAUACGUCGUUGGAAUUUGAUUACUAAUUACCUGUCGCACGGUAAACCGAUUAGCUUCAAGAAUCCGAUCGUAUAACCGAGAGAAAAGUAUCUUCGCACUGCGAGGUAAAUACUAGAACGAAACUCGCCGCUUUCGCCCGCGGUGCCGCGUCUCCGGCCCCCACCCACGCGAACUACCGCCACGUGACACGUUCGGGCCAGCCAAUCGCACGAGCCCGGAUCAGGCCCCUCUUGAAAGCCAUCGUAAGAUCAUCUUCGUGUCGAUUCGAUGCUCCGAUUUUCUUCGUUUCUCUUUCGUUUUCUUGUCACGUAAAUCUUAUUUUAUAAAAAGAUUGAUCUUAACUUACGUUAAACGAUUGCAAUUUUGAUAAAUUUAAAAAUCUAAGCUUAUUUAUAUUUAUUCUUUUAUAAAGAAUACGUAGAAGGAAUGUGUAUACGUGUUUGAAAUUAUUUACUAAGACAGUUUAUGUUUUACUUAAAGUAAUAAAUUAAUUAAAAGAAAUGUGAUAAAGAAAAGUGAUUAAAGUGUUAAUGGAUAAUGUAAUAUUGUUAUUCAUCUGUAAUUUCAUGAACUCGUAUGAAUAACUGAAGUUUCGUUUUACGCGCGCUUUAUGCGAACUGGUACAUACAUACAGAAUAAAUACGUAUGUCAUGUAUAUGCAACGCACGUAUAUAAAAACGAAGAGUUGCAUACACUGUUACACGAAUUAUUAUUCCAAAUGGACAAUCGAAGAAACGUUCUCUACAAGAAUAAACAAAGAACAUAUUAAUCGAUACGAAGUUUGCUUACUUUUUAUUUUUUUUAGUUGAUUUUUAUUAAUUAUUAAAAGUGUCACUACUGUUCUUGUAUUAAUUCGAAUAUAUUUAUUUCUUAACACGUGUUUUCACAUUGUAAAAUUAGGAUUGUAACGUACGAUAAUUUGCAUAAUUAAUCAAUUUUAUAAUUUUAAUUAUUGUUUCAAAGUUACAUGAUUGAUUUUAAAUAAAGCGCCAUUUUGAAAAUGAUUAUAUCAACCUGACAACACUGUAUAAGUACAAUCUACUUAGCUACUAUGUCAUUGCGACUAAAUGGAGGUUUUGAUUGUUGUAUUGUAGUACUUUAAAAAUGAUAUGGGCGAAGUUGACACGUGGACACAGACGAAAGUAUACUUGCUGCAGUACAAUACAAUUGUAACGAAGUAAUUCAAGGAUUUGACAUAUCACCGUUUGAAAAUGUCAUGUGAACGUGCAAUAAAUGCGUGACUCAACAUGUCCAUGAAAAAAGAAUCACCUUGGGAUGUAGAAUUGCAUCUUGCAGCUGCACAUGGAGAUGCAAAACGUCUGCAUAUUUUAUUAGAUUCUGGUAGAGUUCAUGUUGAUUGUAAAGACAAGGAUGGAACGACUCCUUUGAUACUUGCUGCUGCUGGAGGACAUUUAGAAGCUGUCAUCGAAUUAUUACAGCAAGGAGCAGAUCCUAAUGCUAAAAGACUGACAGGGACCACAGCUCUCUUCUUUGCUGCCCAAGGUGGUUUUAUGGAUAUUGCUAAUUUGCUUUUAGAACAUGAAGCACUUGUUGAUUCUUGCAGUAUGGACGGAGGUACACCAUUAUUUGUUGCUUGCCAAUAUGGUCAUUUAGAUGUUGUCGAAGGUCUUCUUGAUAAAGGUGCCAAUCCAAAUGCACAUAUGAAAGAUGGAGCUAGUGCAUUAUUCAUUGCUGCACAAAAUGGUCAUGUACGUAUUUUGGAAGUUCUUUUGGAGCAUAAUACAAGAAUAGAUACUAUAAGAACAGAUGGCGCUACACCUUUGUGGAUCGCAGCACAGAUGGGUCAUGAUCACAUCGUCCGACAACUUUUGAAAGCUGGAGCAAAUGUUGAUGCUACUAGACAUGAUGGCGCAACGCCUCUAUUUAAAGCGGCACAUAAAGGUCAUACUGCUGUUAUUGGAGAAUUACUUAAAUACCGUCCAUCACUUGGUAUUCUUCCAAAUGGUGAAAGUGCACUGCAUGCUGCAGCUUUAGCAGGACACAUGACAGUUGUAAGACAACUAGUGGGAGCAGGAGCCGAUCCUUUACUUGUAAAUCAAGAAGGUGUGACACCACUUCAAUUAGCUGUUAGACACUCACAAACUCAAGUUGCCAAUUAUCUUAAAGAUAAAAUAAGGACACGAACUGCAGCAUGUUAGAUUCCUGUUAUUUUUACUUUUAAAAAAGUAUCAUAAUUUUUAAAGAUAAUUUUACAGUCUUUAAAGAUACUAUACAAACAAACAUAUGUGCAUGUGUGCACAUUAACAUAAGGUAAAAUAUUCCUUAUGUAUUUUAACAUUGAUCAAGUGCAAUUUUAAUAUCAUAUAAAAACGUAAAUUUGCGUGAUACUAACAAGAUAUUCAGUAUAUAUAGUAAACAUUCAGUGAUUGUUCAGAAAUUCCAUUUUUAUUCCUGUUAAUGUCAGUAGCAUAAUAUAAUAUAGCAUAGUAAUAUAAUUUGAUGUUAUUGUUAACGAUUAAUAAGUUACGACAAAUUACUGCAUAUGCAGAAGAUAUAUUUGAUUUUCAAGAGCUGAUAUACAUUUAUUGUUGAAAGUUACAUAUUUAUUUUUUAUGUAUACACUUUGUUAUUUAUAUACAGUAAUUGUUAAAGUAACUAAAUUUAUAAAGUUUCAGUGCUUAUUAGCAGUCUGAGAAAUGUAAGACUCCGAUAGUAUGUAUACGCGUGGUAAUGAUUCUCGUGAGAUUUAAGAUCGUUAAGACUGACUGAUUUGCCUUGAAACAUAUCACGUAAGGAUGAAAUCUAUAAAUUGAUGAAAUAUAUGGCUUUCCACCGGCGGGAAAGUAAAUACUAUCGUAUCGUAAUAAUACUUACAUAAAAAUGUAUUUAUAUUACAAUGUCAAUGAAAAGACAAAACCAAGCAUAAAUAUCAUAAUGCCUUUCUAAUAUUCUUUUUAAACGUCAUUUCAUGAUCAUGUAUAUAACAUAGAUCAUAGUAUAUAAAUUCAAAAUAAAGCAAAUGUAUUUAUAUAUAUAUUUUUUUUUUAAAUAACAUACUCAAAAGUUCAGUUAGUUUGAAACAUCUGAAUUAUAAUAAAAAUAAUUAAUACGUUUGCAUUAAUAUUUAACAGUAGUGCUUGAUAAAGUUCUGAAUUAUCAUAUCAUGUUACCUGCACCACCUUGACUGUCUUCCCAUUUCUUGAGAUAGUUUAAAGAUUAUACACACAUUGUUAUUGUUAAAUUAUAUAUAAUAAAAUGCAAUGAACGUCUCUAUAACAGCACAGUAUUUUUUUACUAUCAUGUAUUAAUAUGUAUUAACUGAUUCUAUUUUUAAAUGUAAAAAGAGCUUCUUGUUUUAUAAUGUAGAAAUCUCAUAAUAAUAAUAUAUUUAUUGUAACUCUUCUAUAAAGAAUAUAUACAAUUAUAAAAUAAAUAUACGA